AUGAUCACACCAAGCAAUGAGUCCAAAAAUGGGGGCCCCAUGAAGGCGGAUCUAACUUCCCACACUGGUCCAACAUGUCUCUCUAUGUUCCACAGCGCACACUAUGCUGGAAUAGACCUUUGCCCGCAGUUCAGACAUGGUUUGGUCCAGUUUACGUAUACCUCAAUCAAAAACCCGCGGGGACUCCAAUUCGUCAGCUUUGGGAUGAUGCAAAAGCUCAACUACGCGAGUUCAAAAAGAAGCACCGCCGGGGACGCAUGGGUGGGCCUGUCCCUUCCUGGAAAUGUCGGAACAUGGCAGACGGAGAGUAAGGGUUACCAGUUUUGGACGAAAGCUGAUAGUCAAGGAAAUUUCUCCAUCCAGAAUGUUCGAGUCGGCACUUACAGUCUUAAUGCCUGGGUACCUUCCGUGAUUGGUGAUUACCUGAAAAACGGACACAUAACGGUUGCUGCAGGAGAUAGUAUCUCCCUGGGUGAUUUAACUUACACGCCUCCGAGAUACGGGCCAACCGUCUGGGAAAUUGGUUAUCCCAGUCGAACAGCUGCAGAGUUUUAUAUUCCUGAUCCAGAUUCAAGAUAUCCAAACCUUCUCUACGGCAGCGUCGAAAAAUGGCGCAACUAUGGACUCUGGCAAAGAUACACUGAUUUGUAUCCGUCUCAGGAUUUGAUAUACACUAUUAAGUUCCAUCUAUCGACUUUCGAUGCAAGCCAGGGUGCAUACAAGCUCCGCAUGGCCAUUGCCCAAGCAGAGAUAGCAGCUGUCCAGGUCCGGGUGAAUGACAUCGCCAUGAAGCCGGUCUACGAAACGCCAGCAUUCGGCAAAGACAACGCCAUCGCUCGGCACGGCAUUCAUGGGCUGUACGCCCUCUACAACAUCGACAUCCCCGCAGCGGACCUCCAUAAGGGCGACAACAUCAUCUACCUGACUCAGAGGAAGGCCUCGGGGCCCUUCAACGGAUUCAUGUACGACUACCUCCGGCUCGAGUCGCCGCCCGUCUCCUCCUCAUCCUCGUAA